GUGGACUUUUGGCUGUCUCAACAAAAGUAAUUACGACCGAACCUCAAUCUGUAGAAAGAAUUUUUAGAAUUGCCCAAAUCAAUGGUGGAAAGUGGACAAUUUUAUUAAAUCCAAAAAUGAAGACUCAUCUUGACAAAAUAAUGAGUAAAAAUUACGGAGCCUUUAAUGCAAAGCUUAAUUCGGAAGAAAUCAAGUUCUUUGAAGAAGAUUCAUGGAAACAGCAACGACAUGGUAAUAACGAAGUUGACACACUUUAUUGGGCUUUAUUAAUUUCAUAUCGCGUUAUCGCGGUAAAUGAGAAUCCUCCUCGCCAUUGUGUACUUAUUAUCCACAAAGAUGAAAUACAACUUCCUCAUUCACAAAUUCCUGGUCAAGUUUAUGAAGGAAUUUCUUUGAAUAAAGACGUUAAUGAAGAAAAACUGGAGGAGUGGCACCGCCAAAAUUUGUCCCAAGUAUUUUCCCAUGUUAGAAAAUAUGACGGUGAUAGGAUAAUAGACGAGUUAAGUCAACCUUUAAUAUACGAUGCAAAUCAAAAGAAG